CGCGGGAAGUUGGACGCAGGCGUGGCGCAUCGCGGCGCGUCUUGCGCAUGCCCAGUAUACAGCGGCCUCAGCUAGGGGACCCGCGCGGGGUCGCGACGUGCCGGCUGCCUUGCCACCGUCCGGCAUGAAGGGCUGGGGUCUUGUAUCUGCCUUCUCAUCGCUCCAGUGUCAUGGAAUGUCUGCGGAGCCUGGCCCAGCUCCUACCCCGCGCGGUGGGGCUUCCCCGGCGCACUUUAUGGGCUUUGGCCGGGGCGCGCCCCGUGACCGCCGCCGAACUGCUCGGAAGCAGGCGGACCGCGCCGCUGUGCGGAUCCUACCGGCUCCGCUUGGCAGGUGAAAUUCACCGGUUUAGAACUUCUGAUGUCUCUCAAGCCACUUUAGCCAGUGUAGCCCCAGUGUUUACUGUGACAAAAUUUGACAAAGAGGGAAAGGUUACUUCUUUUGAAAGGAAGAAAACUGACUUAUAUCAAGAAUUAGGUCUUCAAGCUAGAGAUUUGAGGUUUCAACAUUUAAUGAACAUCACAACCAGAAACAAUAGGAUUAUCAUGAGAAUGGAGUAUUUGAAAGCUGUGAUAACUCCAGAGUGUCUUCUGAUAUUAGAUUAUCGUAAUUUAAACUUAGAGCAGUGGCUGUUCCGGGAACUCCCUUCACAGUUGGCUGGAGAGGGUCAACUUGUCACAUACCCUUUACCUUUUGAGUUUAGAGCUAUAGAAGCACUCCUGCAAUAUCGGAUCAACACCCUUCAGGGAAAACUUAGCAUUUUGCAACCACUCAUCCUCGAGACAUUGGAAGCUUUAGUGGAUCCCAAACAUUCCUCUGUAGACAGAAGCAAACUGCACAUCUUACUGCAAAAUGGCAAAAGCCUGUCAGAGUUAGAAACAGAUAUUAAGAUGUUCAAAGAGUCCAUUCUGGAGAUCUUGGAUGAAGAAGAGUUGCUGGAAGAGCUCUGUCUGACCAAAUGGAGUGACCCUCAAGUCUUUGAGAGGAGCAGUGCUGGGAUUGACCAUGCAGAAGAGAUGGAGUUGCUGUUGGAAAACUACUACCGAUUAGCUGAGGAUCUUUCUAAUGCAGCUCGGGAACUUAGGGUCCUGAUUGAUGAUUCACAGAGUAUCAUAUUCAUCAACCUGGACAGCCACCGAAAUGUGAUGAUGAGGUUGAACCUACAGUUGACCAUGGGAACCUUCUCUCUUUCGCUCUUUGGACUAAUGGGAGUUGCCUUUGGAAUGAAUUUGGAAUCUUCCCUUGAGGAGGACCACAGAGUGUUUUGGUUGAUCACAGGAAUUAUGUUUAUGGGAAGUGGCCUCAUCUGGAGGCGUUUGCUGUCAUUCCUCGGACGACAACUAGAAGCUCCUUUGCCGCCUCUGGUGGCCUCCUUACCUAAAAAGACCCUGCAGGCAGAUAGAAGGAUGGAAGUGAAACACAGCUUCAGACCGGAUGGACUUGGAUCAAGCAGGAGUGUCCUAACAAACCGUUAGGAACAACCCAGUGGAAACUGAUUUUUUUUUUUUUUUAAUGGUAGUCACAGAAAACACCUGAUACUCGUAUUUUCUUCUAUAGAGUCAGAGACUUGAGAAAAAAAAUCACUGACAUUUAAAUUAUAAUGUCUGUUGAUAAAAACAUGGCAGUCACAAUAUUAGAUAAUAGCAUUUUCAGAAUUCUUAGUACAGAAGCAAAGCACUGGCUUUGUAAAAGGCCAAAAUUUUAUUUCCUACAAACUUAAGGAUAUGUAAGGCAUGGAGAGAUUAACAUAAAAAUAGCUUGUGGUAUUGAGUUUUAAUUUAUAUAUGUCCACAAAAGUACAGACUUGUACCAAACAAAACCUGGAAACUUGACAGCCCACAGUUAUGAGACCAGGUAGCCAUAGUUCUUAGGACAGGGAGUCAUGUUCUCUUGAAUUUCCUCUCAGGUAACUGAAAAGCUAGCAAGGUGUGUAUUAAUCUUAAACUCUGGGAGUUUGUGCUUUAAAUCAGUCUUUGACAUAACCUUACUUGUCUUCUCUUUGCCCCCUUUUUAUGUAAGGUGAGUAAAAAGAAGGAAAUGAGAAUAUCAGCUUUAUACAGAUUCCAGUUAAUCAGGAUUUUACUUUCUCAGUCUGUGAAACUAUUUUUCUUUGCUUGGCUAUAAUUAAAGCCUUUGGAAAUAGAAUUGAAAGAAAGUAUUUCCAUCCUGUUACUAUGUUUUCUAGAGGUUAAGUACAGUUAUGCAAGAGAACAUUAUAGUUAUCUUUGUCUUCCAGAGAUGGCAUAUGUAGAAGGUUCUGGAAUGUCCACAGCAGCCUUGGUACUGUAAGUGUAGUAAUAAAUAAUAUGUCCCCUGCUGACUGUGGGGGAUACCUGAUAACUUAAUCUGUCAUGUAAGGAAGUUUAGGGGUCCAUUUACCAGGUUGUUUGGUGCAAGGAGUUAAAAUGCUCUUCCACUAACUGAUUUGAAAGGAAAAAUAGUUACAAGUAGUUUUCCCUCUUCCAGGGUUUGGUUAUGAGAGGACGUUAGGAUGGCAUGGAGCAGGCUGGGCUUGUCUUAAAGUGCACUUUGUGGUAUGUUGGUUGAAACGUGAUGUACAGCACUCUCUAGCAUCUUACAUCUGUUUAAUUUUCAAGGAAAGUAUCUGACAACACUUAGAUUUCACAGGCCACACUUUUCUUCGGCACACCUCGGAGCAUGCUGCUAUUUUUGAUCUUAUGUUAUUACUGUAAAAUAAGUAAUACUACUUAACUGUGACAUGUGAAGAAUUGGAAGUCAGAGGGCAAAAUUUGAUUUGACUAAGACCAGGCAUAAAAGAAUUUUGGUCUUUUUUUUUCUUUCCGGUGUUACGUAGUUUGUGGAGUUGGGUAAAAUAAUUUUUUGAUGAGUCAUGACUCAUCACUAAAAAGGAAAAAUAAAUGCAUCUACCUCAUAAGUCUGAUAAAGGGAAAGUAAUGAUGGCUUAUAGAUUUUUCGAAGGUGAUUAGAUUAAGGAUGAUUUCCAGAUGGCAACUAGCCCUACUUUAGUUAACAAUCUAGAUGGUUGUUAAAGAGCCCUCAAAAAUAAUAAAAGAGCCUAUGCCCCCCAAAAAUUUCAGUUUUAAACUCAGAGUUCAUAAACUAUUUGUAAGUAAGGUGAAAGAAUACCAAACAGUUAUGAGUAAGCAGGUAAGCGUAUCCUCUUUAAACAUGUAUGAGUACAGGGAAUGAUAGUCUUAGCAGAUGGUCUUUGGGAGGCUUCAAAGAAAAGGUGGCAAAACUAGACAUCAUCAUUUUAAGAUGCUGUUAUUCUUUAAAAAAAACAAAACAAAACUGAUGACCACUAAAUAUUAUAAAAGCUCUUUAUUUUCAUGAGUUAUUCUAAGAGUUGUACACAGCCUUGUGUUUUGGAAUUGGAAUAUUAAACUCGCUUUAAAUUCAGGAUUUUCAUUACUUCAGUAAUUAAUAACUACUGGGGUAGUCUAAUGGGUAGAGUAUGGAAUAGGGAAUUCACAGCCAUGAGUUUAUUUCCAAACUUGCUUCAGAUCUCUUUAGGUCUGAGAUACAUGGCAGAAAACAGUUCCCAUCUAAAGCCUUGGAGAAGGUGGUUGCAUACAUAUAUACAGGUAAUAGACAAAAACUGCUAUUCUGUAAAUGUGUCCUGGUAUCUUGAAAUAAAGGCAAUUUUGAGUUAAAUUGUUGAAGUUCAGAUUUGUGUUAGGGUUUUAAUCUCUAUUAGGUAUCUAUUUUUGUGGUUAAGCAUUUUAGAAUCACCGCUUACAACUACAGUUAAUACAUAGUAACGUGAAAAUUUAAUUCACCUAUCAGGAUAAUAAGAUUGUCAAGUAUUGAGGGUUUUUUCCUGUAUGCUAGGUUUUUACAUAUUUAUCAUAUACACAAGAGUACAAUAUUUAUAAUUUUUGAAUAUGAGAUUACGAUCAUUAAAUAUGCUACAUGAAAACUUCCGACUUCAUAAAAUUUAACAUCCUGCUGCUUGCUUAUCUGGUAUGCUCAGGCAUUGAGGAAAAUAUAAAUCCUCAGGUAAAGAAUGAUCCUGUUUAAACAUAGUCCCUAUCAUUUAGUGAAGCCUGACACUUCUAGAGCGACGGCAGUUGAAGGCGUGCAUCCUUCUAAGGAAAAGAUCUGGUGCUGAAAACAUACCUCAACUAAAGUGCCCUGUCAGCUUGUUCUGCACUCAGACUUCUCAACUCGUAAGUCAGUACAACUAAGUAAAUUUUAAUCCCCUCAAAAGAAACUUCCCUUGAAUUAAAAAUAAUUCUUCAAAUAGGUUGAGCUGCCAGUAAUUGUUAACUGAAAACCAAAAGGUAUUUUCUGGGUGGUUUUUGCUGUGCCGUAGGGAACUCACGCAGCUAGCCUACCUGUGUAAGAAAGAUGAGACGGUGCCAGGAGUGAUCCACGGUCCUGUCUGGGUAUCUAAUCUGCCUGUUGUUUCCCUGUAUGUACUCACCUCAUGCUCGCAAUUGUAAUUCCAGUAGCUUUCCCCCGAUUUCUACUUUAACUGCACUCUUCAGCUGGAUCCCCGUCCCUGACCAAUUUCUGUACUGCCGCUUGGGAAGCUGAGAAGAGAAGGGCACUGGGCAUGUGUUAUUUUCUCCCACUUUUAGUAUCCUUUCACUAGUGUCAGAAGAAAGAGGUUCUUCCCCAACAGCUAUAGAAUUCACUAAGUGCUGUUGACAGUAACAAUCCCUGCAAAGUUUUAGUGAAGCUGAAAUUCUGGGGUACGCUCCUUUCCCUUAACUCUGCCGCCCUGCAGGACGUGCAGAGGAGAUCUGAUCGACUGGGACCAGCCCAGGAACAAGGGAAGCCCAGGCCUGCACCCCUCUUCUUGAUCCCUUUUGAUCUUUUCAGCCUCAAGACAGAUCUCUCUCCUUCUCUAGUUCUGUUGGCACAACUUGUGACAGCCUAAUGCCCCCCAGGCACCUUGUGGGACCACUGCAGAUUAGCAGAGGGUCAUCAGCUCUCAGAACGGUCAUUUCUCCAAAAGCAACUGAGGACAGACAAAGACGAUUUUUAUAUGUGUCCUUCAGUGCGUGAAACAUUAAAAAUACAGUAAAUAGUCCUCCUAAGAAAGGACCACAUCCUUUACAGCAUGCUUUUUGGAGUUGUGAGGUUAGCCCUCAGCCCUGUACUUUUCUCCACGCUCUGUUUCUCCCUGUGCUUUUUCAUGUAUGCUGUGCUUUCUGUGUCACUGUGAUUGGAAUGGUCACCAAUUUUAAAAGCAUUUUUUUAGGAGAAAUUGUUAACAGCGGUUUUUCUACAAGAUCAUCAGAGAGGGGCCUUUCCAGGCAUCAGAAAGACAUAGGUGGCUCCUUUGGAAGAGGAAAUAGGUCGUACAGCAGAUCUGAGUACAGGAAACAAGUGAGGAGUAAGCUUAGAGGCAAAGGAAGCCAGAAAGUAAACUUUGGAAGGGGACAUGCAUAACCGGAGCAUCCACUCUUUCACAUACUUUGAUGAUGUCACCCUUGUCUGUAUCCUCUUUCCAGAUGGUCAGGCUGUUAGUGUGUGUGUCUCCACUCACAGGGGCCCCACCUCCAGUAGCAUCGACCAGGGUCCACUGGAUGUGCCACUUUGUCCACCAGAACGCUCACCCUGGAGAUGACUCGGCGUGAGAGAGAGGGGCAGGCUAGGAAGGUAGAACGACAUCUUUAAUCUUGGCCGAGGCUGUAGAUGUGAAGCGCCCCAGAGAGUCGGGCUCCCAGAGAACUCCUUCCAGCAGCAACAACAAUUUGGUUCUGUAGGACACAACAUAGAAUUCAUUAUCCAUUCAUAAUGUCUGUCCAGUUCCUGCUGUAGCCCAGGCAGCAUCUUAUGCUUUAGAGAUUAAAGGAUGAGUAAGACCUUGGCCCAACCCUAGGGCUUGAGUUUAAAUGCCUUUUUUCCCUUUGUUAAAUACCCCUUUCACAGAUCUGUAGGUUUGGAAAACCACAGCAGAGGAAGUUCACUCUGGCCCCUUUUCCUUAAUUUCUGUCCCAGACAAGUGCAUGUCCUUACAGCAUCCAAGCUGUGGUGCAGUGCCGACAGCGUGUCUGCAGUGGUAAGGAUGCCCCUAAGCAGGCUCUUCACACCACCUCUAGGCCCCUGGUGUUUCAGGAACUGUCUUUCUAAAUUGUCUUCAAAGCUUGUACAAGUUUUUAACAUUUUCAUGGGUGGCAAAUCGACAUACUUGGAGGUGGGUUUCGUUUUUGGAAACUCCCAAGAGUUUUUCUGGACCAAGGCUAGUAAAUGAGGUGUGGCUGAUAGGGUUUCAUUCGAGCUGGGUGGGACCAGGAAGUGACCCAACCCUCUGUGAAGUACUUGUGUGCUCUAAGUGUCCUCUCCACAGUGUGGUUAAACCACCUUCAUUCUAAGAGGCAAGUUUUCCCCUGCUCUGGCCCUUUCUCUGCCUAGUCCACCUACUCCUGUUUCCAGAUCCACUCGGGCCCGGGGCUGAGCAAGGCCUUCCUCUGCCGUCGCUCUGACUGCCCUUGGCUUUUGGUCAUCGUACAUGGGACCUGGGUGGUCUUAGAGUGUGUUUCCUUUUUCCACCUAGACUCAUGGGCAGGGACCACAGCUCAGGUUUCUUUGUCUGCUCCUUAGGUGCCCAGUGUAGUAACAGCUUGUAACACAUUACUCACUGCUGCACCAGGGCUCGUGGGCUUACUGAAGGCAGCCCCACUCAAGAAAGUGCUGAGUCUUCCUAAUUGUAGUUUGUUACUACCUCAGUACCUAAUACUCACGUUUCAGAGAAAGAGGAAUCUUCAAAAUCGUAACUUUUAUUCAUCUCAGUACAAGGCCAUCUGCUGUGAUAUCCUCAGAUUAUGUCCAUUUUUUAAACAUAAUCUCUAAUUUAGCUUUAUACCGAGGGCCCCCAAUCAGAUAGGUGUUGUGAAAGUUGAGUGAUUUUUAGUGUUGACUCAUGAACUAUAAAUUAGGAAGGUGAAUUUGCAGUGUCAUACAGAAAAGAAUCAAAUAUAAAGUACAUUUAGAUCAUCUAUACCACCUCCUACGGUUGGUAUAAAAAAAUGGUUAAUUGAAUAAUUUUAUAUAUAUACAUGGGUUUUUAGUAAUAUCUAACUUUGGGGAAGUGAAUAAAAUUUAAAAUACAGGCCAAACUUAUGAUAUUCCUGUGACCACAUCUUUUGAGAAUCCUCCCAUAAGCUUAUAUUUCAUCUUUUUUUGCUGUGGAUAACCGUAAAUUUUUUGUUUUCCAGGGUUGCCUGUAAAUAAGUUAAAGCAAGGGCUACUUGAGUUUCGGCCAGUAGGGGGAGCCAGGGCCAGCACCUACCAAGCCCUACACCCCUGGUUAUACUCAGAUCUGUAAAGGCUUCCCCAGCCUUUUUUAACUCCCCAUGUGUACACGUCUUAAUUCUCCUCAAGAGCAGAGACUUUUUCUUCCUUCAUCUCUCAUAACCCAGCUCAGUUCUGUACAAUGCCAUAUCCUAAAAUAAAUGAAUGGAAUCAGUGGUCUAGCUGUAUAUGUUAAGGUGAAAAACCCUUUAAUCUGCUAUAUCUGUUAAAAUUCAAAAUGUACAUACUAGCAGUCUUCUAGGAGUCUCACCAGCAGAGAGAUUUGCAUAAUUAUAUAAGGGUAGAGCUGUAAUACUGCUCACUAGAGCAUUAUCUGUAAUGGUUAAAAAAUAAACGGAAAUACUGUC